AUGGGUGCGUCAUCUAAAGCGGAUCGAUUGAAGGAAGUGAAAGUUAAGCCACCGGAUAAAAGUGCUGCUGUCCGGUACGUUAGGACUGAAGUGGAUGUGAAAGAUCUAGUUCCCCCUGGGGUCAUUGAUCAGUCCUCAGCUAGGAUUUAUAAAGCUCGUCGUAAGCCAAGUGCUUCUGGAGCUGUUGCUUCGGGGAUUGGAAAAGCUGAAUGGAAAAUAGAGGGGAAAGCUUUCAGAGUGAAGAACAGAGCUCAGAAAAUUGUGGAUGGGAUAUCACUAAUGGAUGCAAAGGAAUACUACACUGAAGAAGCUAAUGAGGAGGAAACGGAAGAUGACUCGGAGUCUGUAUCGGCUUGGGAGUCGGAUUCUAAUAUUUCAAUUCCUGGAAAUGAUAGCAAUAUGAAGGGGUUGAAGGAUGGGGGUUCUGGUGAGAUGAAGACUAUUGGAGUUCAAGUUGUCUCUAUUCCUUCAGGUAAUACUGCUAAUUUGUUGAAAACUUGGGAUGGUUCUAAGGUGAAUGAUGAAUUAUUGAGCCCUAGUUCGGAAUUGAAGAGUGUUACUAGUGAAAUGAUUAAGGUGAAUCCUAACAUUGCUGUGAUUGAUGUCAAUAAACCUGUAUGCCCUGAUUUGGUUGAUGAUGAAGUUGAGAAGUCUAGAUCUAAUGGUGAUAAGAAGGUUAUCAGUAAUGAAGAAUUUAUUCCGGGAGUUGGCUUUCAAUUUCUUAAUGAGUUGAAGGUGGAAACACCUAAGAGGAAGGAUUUAGAUAGUAAGUUGAAUCAGGAAAUGGAUGUCGAUAUGUCAAAUUUGAAUAAGCAAGUUAAUGAGGAAGGAGAUGAUUCUGAAGAUGAUGGUUCGUCUGAAGAGGAUGGGGAAGAUGAAUCUAGUGAGGAUGAGUCUAGUGAAGAUGAGGAAAUUGUGAUGGAAGAGGAGGUUAAUACUAAGAUGAGUAAAGAGCCUAGUUUAAAGAUGAAGUCUGGUACUGUUAUUAAUAGUAUUAAUAUGCUUCCUUCUAUUUUGGGUGAUGCUAAUAGUUGUAAAAAGGUGGAUGGUGAUAGUCAGGGGAACUUGUUGAACUCUUAUGCAGGUGUGUUAAAAGGUAAUAGACAUAAGGGUAAGAUUGAUGUCAAGUUUAUUCCAGGGGGAAAAGGCAAAGAAGAAGGACCUAUUAUUAUCCCGAUUGAGAAUUUAAAGAAAGCGAGUAUUCCAUAUACUAAUACUUUAUAUGGGUAUAUGAUUGAUAAGAAGUUAGCGUUUCCUGUGAUUCAGCAAGAGGUUAGAAGGCUAUGGAAGAAUGUGGGUCUUGAAGAGAUAUUCAUGAACAGUAAAGGGUUUUUAUUUUUUAAAUUUAGUGAUGAGCAGGGGAUGUUAUCUAUAUUGGAGGGAAGCCCAUGGUUGAUGUUCAAUAAUAUGCCAUUAUUUCUUCAAAGGUGGAGACCAGGUCUGAAAUUAACCAAGAAUAGUCAUGAUAAAAUUCCGGUGUGGAUCAAAAUCUUUGAUUUACCUUUGGAAGUAUGGAGUGGAGAGAAUUUGUGUAUUAUAGCGAGUAAGUUGGGGGUGCAUCUGGCUUUUGAUUCUUUUACUGAGGAGAUGUGUUUGGAACACAAGGGUAGAAACGCUUAUGCUCGAAUUCUUGUUGAAAUGGCGGCUGAUAAGGAAUGGAUGAGGAAAAUUGAGGUUUCUACUUGGGAUUUUGUUACUAAUUCUGCUGUGGUUCAGAGUUUUGAUGUGGAGUAUGCUUGGAUGCCUUCUAGAUGUAAUCACUGUAAGGUUUAUGGGCAUACGGAUAAAGUUUGUUUGGCAGCUUUGAAUGAAGAGAAAGUGGUAAAGAAUGGGGAUAAUGGGAACAAUAAGAGAAAUAAAGGGAAGGAAAUGGUUAAUGAUGAUGGAUUUACGGAGGUUGUUUAUAAGAAGGUUGCAGGAAAUAAUGAUGGUGAAGGUACUAGUAAAUCUAAGGAGGGUCAUGCUCAAUUGUAUAAUCAAAGAUAUAGUGGGAAGAAUGGAAAUUUGAACAGGGGAAAUAAUUUCAGAGGCAAUUAUGGGAAUAGAGGUGGUAAUGGAAGGGGACAGAAUGGGAAUUGGAAUAAUAAAGGGGUGGGUCAUUGGAAUUUGGAAAAGAAUAGAAGAUAUGAGAAGUUUGUUAAUGGUCAGGCUUUGGUUGGUAAUCAGGGGAAAAUGGAGAAUAAGAUACAGGGGAAUGCUAUAAAGGAUGAUAACAUAAAAGUGGGUGUUAACAAGAGUCUAGAAAAUAAGACUGUUUCUAGUGAUGGUUGUAGUAUUAAAAAUAGUUUUGAAAUCCUGGGAAGGAUUGAUGAGGAAGUUAUGGAUAGAAUGGAAGAGGAUGCUAAGGGAGGCAAAGUUGAUGGUUAUCAGGAAGGUGAUUGUGUUGAUUAUUCUUCUGAUGUUGUUGGAAUAAUGAAUAAUAAGUUGGAUCCUUCUAAGUUUGUUGGGAAGGGUAAUGUAGGGAAUGAAAGGGUAUGGAAUGUCAGGGGCUUGAAUAAAGCUAUUAAGCAGAAGGAGGUUAUUGAUGUUAUUAGGAGUAAUAACCUUGGUAUAUGUGCUGUGGUGGAGUCUCAUGUCAAGGUCUUAAAUCUUAAGAAUGUUUGUGUUAAGACCUUUGGUCAAUGGGAUUGGGUUUCUAAUAAUAGUAGCUGUGAGGCUGGAACUAGAAUAAUUGUUGGAUGGAAUCCAAGACUUUUUGAUGUGAUGGUGAUUUCUCAGUCUAGACAAGUUAUUCACUGUUAUGUUAGAUUCUGUGAUUCCAAUUAUAGCAUGUAUUUGUCUUUUAUAUAUGCUGCUUCGAAUUAUCUUGAGAGAAGGUUAUUAUGGGAUAAUUUGAAGAAACAUAGUUUGGUUGUUAAGAAGGAAGCAUGGGGAAUAUUAGGUGAUUUUAAUGUUGCUUUAAAACCAUCAGAAUAUUCUGAAGGUUGUUCCAAAACGCCUAAAGGAGUUGAUGAUUUUAUUGACUGUAUAAACUUUAUUGAAGUUGAGGAUCUGAAUUCCUCUGGGUUUCAGUUUACUUGGAAUAAAACUCCUGCUGGGAAUAAGGGCCUUUUGAAGAAGUUAGAUAGGGUGAUGGCCAAUUUGAAAUUUGUUUCGGAUCAUCCUUUAGCUCAUGCUGUUUUUAAACCUUAUAGGGUGUCGGAUCAUUGUCCUGCUAUUUUAAAUGUUCCUGUUGGCAAAUUGAGAUGGAAACCUUCUUUUAGGUUUGCUAAUUUUAUAACUGAAAAGGUGGAGUUCUUACCCCUGGUUAAGGAAGUUUGGGAUGCUAAUAUUGAAGGUUUUUUUAUGUUCAAAGUGUGCCAAAAGUUGAAGAUUCUUAAAAAGCAUUGUAGGGAGCUUUGCAAUAAGCACAGGGGUUCUGGGAAGAGAAUCCAAAUGUUAAGAAAGGAGUUGGAAAGUAAACAAUCUGAAAUUGAUCUUAAUCCUUUUGAUUGUAAGAUUAGGGAGGAGCAUACUAAUAUUCUUUUUGAUUUUAAUGUUGCUUGUAAUGAUGAAGAAAAGCUUCUUUUCCACAGAUCUAAGAUAAAUUGGUUACAGGAAGGGGACAAUAAUACAAAGUUUUUUCAUAGAGUUGUGAAGAGCAGGGGCAAUAGAAAUCGUAUUCUGAUGGUUAUUGAUGAAGAUGGAAGAUGGGUUAGUGGGAAGGCUAUGAAGGAUAAAUUUGUUACUCAUUUCAAUAAGUUUUUGGGUUGUAAAGAUGUUACUGAGUUUUCGUGUUUAAAUGAUGGUUUCUUUCAUAAUAAAUUGGAUAGUAGGGUGGCUGCUAAUAUGAUUAGAGUGGUGACUGAUGAAGAAAUCAAAGUGGCGACGUUUGAUAUUGAUGAAAAUCGUGCCCCUGGACCUGAUGGGUACUCCUCCAAAUUUUUUGAAAGUUCUUGGAACAUUGUUGGGCCGGAGGUGUGUAAAGCUGUGAGGGAAUUUUUUUGGACUGGUAAAUUGUUGAAGGGGAUUAAUGCUACGAGAAUAGUGCUGGUUCCUAAAGUGGAGUUCCCGAGGAAAGUUUCUGAUUUCCGUCCUAUAGCCUGCUGUAACACUUUAUAUAAAUGUAUUAGUAAGAUUAUAGUGAACAUAAUUAGAAAUAGUUUGGGUGAUAUUGUGAGCAAAAAUCAAUCAACUUUCAUUCCUGGAAGAUCUAUUGUGGAUAAUAUUCUCCUUGCUCUGGAGCUGAUGGUGGGGUAUAAAAAUAAGAUGGGAGUUCCCAAAUGCACCAUAAAGAUUGAUAUUCAAAAGGCAUAUGAUACGGUGGAUUGGAAUUUUCUUAGUAGAAUUCUGCAGGGGUUUGGUUUUCAUACGAUAAUGAUUCAGUGGAUUAUGGCUUGUGUUUCUACUCCUUGGUUCAUGCUUAACUUUAAUGGUGAAGAUCAUGGGUAUUUUGAAGGAAAGAGGGGUCUUAGGCAGGGUGAUCCUCUAUCUCCUUACCUAUUUACUAUAGUUAUGGAGGUGUUUAAUAUCAUCCUUUUGAAGAAAAUUGAAGCUGGCCAGAAUUUUAAGUUUCAUAGUAAGUGUAUGUCCCUUAAAAUUACUCAUUUAUGCUUUGCUGAUGAUUUGUUAGUUUUUUCUUAUGGAAAUGGGAAUUCUGCUAGAGUUAUAAGGGAUGCUCUUGAUGAGUUCAAAAAAGUUUCAGGGUUGAAGGCUUUAUCGUUUGCUGGAAGGCUGCAGCUCAUUAAUUCUGUUUUGACAUCUAUUCAUGUGUAUUGGGCUUCGAUUUUUAAAAUUCCCAUUGCUACUAUUAAAGAGAUUGAAAAGCUUUGUAGAAGUUUCUUGUGGGCGAAUGGUGAGGUAGUCAAAAGGAAAGCUAAAGUCAAGUGGAAUGAUAUUUGUAAGCCGAAAAUUUAUGGUGGUUUAGGAGUGAAGAAUUUAAGGAAAUGGAAUGAUGCUUUGUUAGCUAAACAUGUGUGGAAUGUGAUUAAUAGCAAAAAUUCUCUGUGGGUUCAGUGGGUGAAAUCCAAUUACAUUGGAAACAUGAAUUUUUGGGAUAUUUUGCAGAAGAAGAGUAUGAGCUGGACUUGGAAGAGGUUCCUUGAGGUGAGAAAAAUUGUUAGGCCCCAUGUUGUUUCGUGUGUGGGAAACGGGAUGAAUACUUCUCUCUGGCAUGAUUGGUGGCACCCAAUUGGUAUUUUAUGUUCUAUUAUAUCUAGAAGAGAUUGGGUUAGCAAUGGGUUUAGUGAUUCUUCCGUGGUCAGUGAUGUUCUAGUCUAUGAUUGCUAUACUUGGCCGGUUGAGUGGGUUAAUAUAUUCCCUGGAUUGAAGGAUGCUCCCAUGUUUUGUAUUGAGCCUAAUCUGAGGGAUGUUGCAGGUUGGAGAGAUAAGAAAGGAAUAUGUAAACAAUUUUCAUGCAAACAGGUGUGGUGUGAUAUAAAUAAUUUUGAAGACCAAGUUCCUUGGCAUGAUAUUGUUUGGUAUGGUAAUUGCAUUCCUUGA